GCCAUUGAAACUAUGCCCACUACUGGUAAUUUUCCUUUCCCCCCAAUGUCCGUAAGGUAAUUUUCCAUAUUGAAAGUUUGUUCCGGCAGUAAGCACGUAUCCAAAUGCCUACAUAUAAAGGAUUCACAAUUUAAAAUGUAAGCCAAGCCAAAAAUCAUGGAUCUCUUAUCCCCUCACAGUCACCCUCGUCUACAGCAUCGACAACUGAGGCCUUGCGGAAUUGGAUUAAACAAUCUUGCAAGACCAUACUCCCAUGGAAGACGGCUUUCAGGGCUUCCAGUGAGAGUUAGAGGAGGUCUUAGGAUCAGAUCCUUCCUGAACCCCAUCGAUGAACCCCUGGUCAAAGAAGCGCUAAAGGAGCCCGUUGCAUUUUUAGGAGGGGUGUUUGCUGGUCUGUUAAGACUUGAUUUGCAGGAGGAUCCUUUGAAGGAAUGGAUUGCUAGGACAGCUGAAGCUGCUGGUAUAAACGAAGAUCAAGGGCAAGACCAGGAAACCCAGUCUCAAGUGAAUGAUGAAGCACCUCAGCAGAUUGAAAUAGAAUGAGUUUCAUUACUGUUAUCUUUACAUCGAUUAAGCCACAAAUUGAUAUUGUUCAUGAACUCAUCCAGUAGAGGUUUAGAUCUAUUGUAUCUGUAUUGUGUAAAAUAAUUUUUAUGUUCUUUGUUUUCAAUUAAUUUAUUUUGAAUUGAAUAGAUGAAGUAGUUGCUGAA